AUGUUCUACGAGCCCGGCAAGACGCCGCACAACCUGCCGUUCGACCCGUUCAAGGCGUGCGUGGUGCCGCGGCCGAUCGGGUGGAUCUCGACGACGUCGCCGCUGCCCCCAACCACACGCGACACCCCCUACCCGCCGCCACCACCACCACCACCGCAACACAACCUCGCACCGUACUCACAGUUCGCCAACCUAACCUUCGACCCGCCGUACGUCAUGUUCGCGGCGAACCAGAAGGCCGACGGGUCGCGCAAGGACACGGUGCGCAACGCCGAGGCGACCGGCAAGUUCGUCGUCAACAUGGCCACGCACGCGCUGCGCGCCGCCGUCAACGCCUCGGCGCAGCAGCUGCCGUACGGCGCCGACGAGUUUGCGGCUGCCGGGCUCGCCAAGGCCUUCAGUCGGUGCCUGCCCGGCGAUGGAGAUGGUGGCAACCCCGUGCCCGUGGUCCGCGACAGCCCCGUGCGCCUGGAGUGCGUGCACCAUGCGACCUGGCGCCUGCCGGGGAACCCGCCGCUCGGGUCGGCCGAUGUCGUUGUCGGCAGGGUGGUCGGUGUGUACAUUGCUGACUGGGCGAUUGACCCUGCUAGUGGCCGGCUGGAUUUGGCGAGGGUCAGGCCCAUUGCUCGUUGUGGGUACUAUGACUAUGCCGUCGUCAAUGACACGUUCGAGAUGAUCAUUCCGGGCUUGGACGAGGCCACGCUAGCCGGGCUCGAGGGCAGUCGUGCCAGAGUCGAGAAGCUGGGGCUGGGUUCCAAGCUGUAGUUGGUUAUCUAG